ACCGCUCUGGGAAAAGCUACUGUGGGCCUCCCAGCCACAGCGCCCAGCAUCGCGUGGUCGCCACAUCUGGCCAUACGAUACGUUACUAGCAGCCGCGUAUCCGAACAACGGGCAGGACAGGAGCCGGAGCCAGCACUCCCUUCCGUCUCCUCUCCCCAAGCUCCUGUCCGCGUCAUCCCGCACAGCGCGCCCGGUGACGUAAUCACGGCCCCCAAUGACGUCUCGGUCACGGGGAGGAGCCGCGCACUCGGUGGAGCUGAGGGAGGGUCACGAACUCUGACCCGCCGGGAACCGUGUACGGCACACAACGUAGUACACGUCACCUGACAACCGUUCUACAACCAGCUAGUUUCCAGGACGCAGGCUGUACUGUACGAAACUGGAUUUCCUAAAUACAUUACUUCCUCCCGAGGACUGUACUGUGAAGACAGGUCAUGGCUUCUAUAGAAGAAAUAGCCCAUCAAAUUAUUGAACAGCAGAUGGGACAGCUUUCUCGCUCACAGACAGAAGGAACUCAUACAGCAUUGAUGGAUGGAAGCUCCCAAAGGAUACAGCUCAUACCAUCAGAAUCCGGUGUUUCCAUUCCUCAACGUAUACAGUUUGUCACAGAUCAGCAGACUGAUCAGAAGAUCCAAAUCGUAACAACAGUUGAUCAGAGUGGUGCAAGCAAACGGUUCUUCUUGACAAACAAUGAUGGCUCAUCUCCAAGUAAAGUGAUCCUUGCUAGGCAAGACCAUAGCCAGGGCAAGGUUUAUCUAACAACUCCCGAUGCAGCGGGUGUCAACCAGAUAUUCUUCUCAAACCCUGAGGUUUCUGCACAGCACAUUCAGAUAUUAUCAGACGCUCAGUGUAUAGAACAGAAUUUAAAUAAACCAGUAGUGGACCUGUGUGUGGUGUGUGGAGAUAAAGCUUCAGGGCGUCAUUAUGGAGCAGUAACGUGUGAGGGCUGCAAAGGUUUCUUUAAAAGAAGCAUUAGAAAAAACUUGGCAUACACCUGCAGAGGAUCAAAGGAUUGUGUCAUUAACAAACACUACCGAAAUCGAUGCCAGUACUGCCGGCUGCAGAGGUGUAUUGCACUUGGAAUGAAGCAAGAUUAUGAGCCCUCCUGCCCCUGUACAGCUGUGCAGUGUGAAAGAAAGCCUAUUGAGGUCUCCAGAGAAAAAUCUUCCAAUUGCGCAGCAUCAACAGAGAAGAUCUACAUUAGGAAGGAUCUGCGUAGUCCUCUUGCUGCAACAACUACAUUUGUAACGGAUAACAAGCCCAUAAGAUCUACAAGUUUGUUGGACCCUGGAAUGUUAGUAAACAUACAGCCUUCUGGGAUUAAAAGUGAGCCCAUGCUCAUAACACAUGACAAGAUGGAAGCCUGUCAAGGAGAUCUAAGCACUUUGGCUAAUGUUGUCACAACACUUGCAAAUCUUAAUAAAUCAAAAGACUUGUCUCAGUCAAGCACAGAGUUGUCUAUAAUUGAAAGUUUAAGUAAUGGAGAUGCGUCACUUUCAGAAGUUCCCCAGGACAGUCAGACGAGUAGUGAAGUCACCAGAGCUUUUGAUACACUGGCAAAAGCCCUGAACACUUCAGAAAGCUCUGCCCAGAGUUCAUCAGAGAGCAUCAAAUCUAACUGCAACCUCUUCCAGGACAUCAGUGUUGUUGAGAUUGAAGGGCCACUUCUCAGUGAUUCCCACAUCGCCUUCAGGCUCACAAUGCCUUCCCCGAUGCCUGAAUACCUGAAUGUACACUAUAUAUGUGAGUCUGCAUCACGGCUGUUAUUUCUAUCCAUGCACUGGGCGCGCUCUAUUCCCUCUUUCCAAGCUCUUGGGCAAGAGGUCAGCAUCUCGCUAGUGAAAGCUUGCUGGAACGAACUGUUUUCGCUUGGUCUUGCUCAGUGCUCCCAAGUGAUGAAUGUGACAACCAUACUAACAGCAUUUGUUAAUCACCUGCACAGCAGCAUGCAGCAUGAUAAACUCUCUGGAGACAAGGUGAAACUGGUAAUGGACCACAUCUUCAAACUGCAGGACUUCUGUAACAGCAUGGUCAAGCUUUGCCUAGAUGGCUAUGAGUAUGCCUACCUGAAAGCUAUUGUUCUUUUCAGUCCUGAUCACCCAGGAUUGGAAAAUGUUUCAGAUAUUGAAAAGCUUCAAGAAAAAGCCUAUAUGGAAUUCCAAGACUAUGUAACUAAAACAUACCCAGAUGAUACCUACAGGCUAUCCCGGCUGCUACUGAGGCUGCCAGCUCUGAGGCUAAUGAGUGCAGCCAUUAUGGAGGAGCUGUUCUUUGCAGGCCUAAUUGGAAACGUGCAGAUUGAUAGUAUUAUUCCAUAUAUUCUGCGUAUGGAAACCGCUGACUACAACAGUCAGGUCAUCGGCCUCUCUGCAUAGCAUACGUUUUCAUCUUUACUCCCUUUUAAACAGUGGCAAAUAGAAAAGACAAUAAGAAUGAGGAAGUCUCAGCCUUCACUUUUGUCUUUAGUUGCCUGCAGGUUAAUGAUGCCUUUUGGCAUAGUGUAUAUAUUCAUAGAUAUAUAGAGACAUGUCUAUAUGGUCAUGGAUGGCCUAUGGCUGUGCAUUCAGAUAUAUAGAAAGCGGUGCUUUUUUCCCUCAUUUCAGAUGAGUAUUAUGUCAUGGUACACUGCAGUUGGUGUAGUAGAGGUAUCAUAUUUGUAUUGCAGUCAGGUGUUGUGUGCCUUGUCUGGGUUCUUACUGAUCUGGAGAAAGAAAUAUUUUAUAAAUACAUUUAACAUUUUUGUUUGGAUAUUCUAAACUAGCCACUUUUUUUUUUUUUUUUUUUGUAAUUUAACUGAAAAUCUUACGUAUUCUCUAAGAAUCACAGUACUAACUUAUACGCAGUGACCUUGAUUUCAGAGGAUUGUUUCCUCAUUCCUGCAUGGAAUAAAAAUGCUUUUUCUUA